AUGGCGGCGGUGGCUGGCGCGAAAGCCGAUGGUGCGCUUCUCAAUGGCAUCGAGGUCGGCCUGGGUGAUCUCUCCAGUCUCAAUGAAGUGCUGGAUCGGCAGGCCGUUGACCUUGACGUGGUUGACCAACGGGAUCAUGGAGUCACCGUGGCCACCAAUGCACCAGCCGUGGACGUAUCUGGGGUGGACGUUCAACUUGUCGGCAAUGUAGUGGCGCAUACGGGACGAGUCCAAGAGUCCUCCCAUACCGACAACCUUGUUCUUGGGGAAUCCAGUGGACUUGAGGAGCAUCUUGACCAUGACGUCGAGCGGGUUGGUGAUGCAAAUGACGAAAGCGUUGGGGGCGUACUUCUUGAUGUUCUCACCGAUGGUGGUCAUGAUCUUGCUGUUCGGGCCAACGAGGUCGUCACGGCUCCACUCAUCGUCCUUCUUGUUCGGCAACCUGGCCAAACCGGCGGUAAUGAUGCACACGUCACUGUCGGCAAUGUCUUCGUACUUGGUGGUGCCAAUGACCCUCUGGGAGGUGUCGUAGACGGCGUUGGCAUGCAUGAUGUCAAGGGCCUUGGCGGCACCAAGAGCUGCAAAAGCAUUAGAGGUGCCACAACGUGA